CUCUCACUAAACAACUCUCUGCAAUCAACAAUGGAUUCUCCGCCGUAUAACGCCGCUCCCUUCCGUUCCCAAUGGCUUCUCAAGCUCCUGGCCUUCAUCUUCAUCGCCCAGGUGACAAAAGCUAUGCAGACACCCUCGGAUCGAGGCUCGCAUCGCCAACGCCCGGCUAUCAAAAAGACCUUCACAGACAUCCUGAGAUCUCAACCAAGCGAAGCCCAGAAUAGAAUCGGAAGAUACAGAGGAUUCCCUGCUGUUUCCUUCACCCCAGAUGAGGUAAUUUCCCUUUCAAUCCCAUACCAGUUCGCACUUGUGGGUCGGUUCUUGAAAUCAAGACCUCCUCUAGAGGUUAUCCGUAAAAGCUUUGAGCAGAUAGGGUUCAAACCAGGUUUCACCGUUGGAUUACUAUCUCCUUCCCUGAUUCUUAUAAAUUUUGAAUGCACAAUUGAUUAUCAACGUUGCUUCUCAAGAAGGCUGUGGAAUAACAAUGGAAGCCAGAUGGUGGUGACCAAAUGGACCCCUUCUUUCCAUGCUGACUCUGAGAGCUCUGUUUUUCCGGUUUGGGUGUCUCUAACCCAUCUGCCCAUCCAUCUUCAAGAAGCUAAGGCCUUGCACUCUAUUGCGAGCUCCAUCGGUCACCCAUUAAUGAUGGAUGCAUCUACAGCAGCAAAAACUCGACCAUCAAUGGCCAGAUUCUGCGUCGAGAUUGAUAUUUCUAAAGACCUCCUAAAGAAAAUAUGGAUUGAUAAUGGCGGGUUGGGAUUCUUCCAACCGGUAACCUAUGAAAAACUACCAGAAUUCUGCAUUCAGUGUAAAAAGUCCGGUCAUUUAGAUGGAAAAUGCUCAAGUAUGGACAACCUUAUUUCCAAGAAUGAAUUGUCCAAGAACAACUUGUCAAAAACCUGGUGCCCCAUUUCCAAGCAUGAAGUGUCCAAGGAAAAUUUGCCAAAAACAGCUGCUGUGAUGAUAGAGCCCAUUCUCAAUAUCCCAUGUGAGUUGGGUCCCAAACUUGACAACAAAACUUCAUGUGAUAUGAACGUGACUGACCCAAGCACUGCAGGACAUAAGAAGUCAGAGGUAGACCAUCAUGUCUCGGAUUUAUCCCCAGAUCCUAAGGGAGAUGAACUCACACCUCAAGAAGAUAUGGAGAUUAACCUCACUGCCUUUUGUAAAGAGGACAAUCCCAAUACUCAAGCUCUAAAUGUUCAAAGUGAUUUUCCAACUGAUAGCCACAAUGACGUGCAAAAUUCUAGUGAUGAAUCUGGAAAAGAACUGUUAACUACCAAUACUGCAGCUGUUGUUAAUCAGGAUGGAGUGUGUGAUCCCACUGAUGCUACUGUUUCUUAUGAAGUAGAUGAGCAAUCAGAAGCUGAGGCCCAAUAUGAUAUGGAAAAGCUAACUAAGGAAGCAGAUUUGGAACAUACACAAGAACAAAUAAUUGAGGAAAGCAUGGAUGGUAUGACUGCCCAAAAUGCUUACUGUGUAGGAAAUACAAUCAACUUGGAUGAAUUUCCAGUACUCACAAGACAGAAUAUUGAGGAGGAUGUACACACUCCAACCGAGAAUGUGGAGACGGGUUUACACACUCCAACCGAGAUAGAGAAGGAUGACACAACAGGGACUAUAACGUUGAUGGCUGAAGAUACAACAAAGGAAACCACAUCACCAAACAUUCCAGAUACCAACAUAGGUUCGAUCCUCCACUCUUUUGAGCUUGAAGGAUUUGGACACUUGAAUGGUUUUCUUGCUCCUUCUUCUUCUUCCUUAACAUACUACCAUGGAGUUGGAGUUUUCUUUUCUUCUUCUUGUUGCUGCCGACAGAGGGAGGGAGAGAUGGAGAGAGGAACUUCUCAAGCUCUUUCUAAUACCAUAAGAUUCGUUGGUCUACUUGGUAGUCAUGCUCUUGGUAGCAAUCCAAGGUUCAUGGCUACAGCGGUUGAUCUAGGACGUGAAUUGGUAAGGCGAAAAAUCAGACUUACCUACGGAGGAGGCAACGUUGGCCUUCAAGGAGCUGUAGCUUCAACAGUCUAUAAUAAUGGUGGUAGAGUCAGAGGUUUCAUACCAGGGUAUAUAGCAACACGAGGGGUCUAUGGACCAACAUAUGGUGCGGAGUACACCGUCUCCAGCAAUUACUAUAAGUAUUUCGAGAUGAAUCAUAUUGUGAAAGCCUUCAUUGUACUUCCUGGAGGGAUUGACACUAUAGAAGGUUUGUUCACCUUAAAUCAUUAGUCGUUUCAUAGCAAGGCAUCAUUUCAUUCAACAAGGUCGAGAUGUCUAUAGCUUUUAACAAACAGACUCUGGAUCGCGACCCAUUUAAAAAUAUUUUCAGAGUAAUACGGAAGUACAAUAAUAAACAAAUCAUGACACAUUUAAAAAUCUGAUGAUCAACAUUUGCCUGCCAUCCUUGCAUCUCCUCUGACUCAAUGCCCUCCGGGAGUGGUUCCAUCAUUGUCUUCUUGUUACCUACGUGUAGUCAACGAAAAAUACAAACUACACGCUCAGCGAAACCGCUGAGUGGUACCACACUAGAAUUGUAGAAUGAUUCUCAGACAUAUACAUAUACAUAUAUAUACGUCCACAAAAUGUAUAGUAACAUUCAUGAUAUGACACAUAUUAUCAUAUGGUCAAUUUGAUGAAUCAUGAUGAUAAAUAUUUAAUGAUAAUUACUUGAUGGCAUAUUUAAUCAAUAUAAUUAUUCUUGAUGAUGAUUACAUGACACCUAUGUAAUCAAUAUAAUUGUUCUUGAUGAUGAUUACAUGACACCUAUGUAAUCAAUGUACUUGAUGAUGAUAACAUAAUUUCACAUUUAAUCAAUUUGAUUGUUCUUGAUGAUGAUUACAUGACACCUAUGUAAUCAAUGUACUUGAUGAUGAUAACAUGAUUUCACAUUUAAUCAAUUUGAUUGUUCUUGAUGAUGGUAACAUGAUGCAUGAUCCUAUAACUUGCAAGGACACCCUUGCGCUAUGAGAUUCGCCCAUUUGGUACGACGAACUCACGCGGCCAUAGUCUCACGAAUGAGGUGAGACUAGAAAAAUAGGGGUGGUACUCGAAACCUGAAUACCAUGUACGUACACUAAGCCCGGAACGGGUGAUGUCGGACUAGUAAGUCCCGCACAUCACGCUAUAAGAGACGCAAUU